AUGUUAAGUUUACCAAAGAAAAACUCAAGUCUUGAAAUUAUUUUUGAUGAUGAUACUUGUGUAAUGCAUGGAUUACCCGAAGAAUCCGAUGGUUGUAAAUUAAAAGGAAAAGUAAUAUUGGUUAAUAAUAAACGAUUAAAAAUUAAAAGUUUUAGUUUUACUUUUAUCGGAAAAACAAAUGUUAAUUGUGGUCCUUUUAUUUCUUCUUCAAGACCUGAAUUCGAUCUCCCUGGUCAUUUACCCGCUUCCUUUAAGGGAACACGAGGAAAAAUUGAAUAUUGGUGUUAUGUAACCAUAGCACGUCCAAUGUUUCAUGCUGAUAUUUCAAUAAAAAAACCUGUCAUCAUUCAACGUUCUUUAGUACCUAAUGAUAUAUUAACAUCUCCAACUGCUUUACAAGGUCAUUUAACAACUUUCACCGAAGGUAUAUUAGAUGAUAAAGUUCAAUACUCUAUUAAUGCUCCAAUAAUGGCUUUUAGGGAAG